AAGCCAUAAUUUUGUAAAAUAUUUUCCCUAUUCUUAGGCCUUUUGUUCCUCCCUCCGUACAUUCGUUUCUCAAUUCUUUUCCUCUCCUCUCUCUCUCUCUUCCUCUUUUCUUCAAUGCCAUCAAUAAUAUUCCAUUCCCUCCUUCACCCCUUCUUCUUCAGCCCCAUUUCACCAACACAUAAUUGCAAAACCACCGUCUAAAUAGCCCCCCGGGCGAGCACGCCGCCGCCUGCCGCCCCCACCCCGCCGCUGCGUGCGUUACCUUUAACUUUCCGAAUUUAGACUCAUGGCAUGCCUAUCUACGCCACCCAGCACCGCCACCGCUCUCAUUCUCAUUGUCAUCUCAUUGGAGCUCGUUGUUUCUUGGAGCGCUUCUACAGAUGCAGAAGCGCUUCUCAAGUUCAAGAGCUCUCUUGACACUAACAAUAAUUCGUUGGGGAAUUGGGUUACGGGGUCUUCCCCUUGCUCGGGCAAUAAGGCGAAUUGGGUCGGUAUUCUUUGCGAGAAGGGAAAUGUUUGGGGAUUGAAGCUUGAGAAUAUGGGGCUCAAGGGGCAUAUUGAUAUCGAGUCCCUUGAAGGGGUGCCUCAAUUAAGGACAAUUAGUCUUAUGAACAAUGAAUUUGAAGGGUCUUUGCCUGAUGUAAAGAGACUUGGGUCAUUGAAAUCUUUGUAUUUGUCAAGCAAUCAUUUCUCAGGGAACGUUCCCGGUGAUUCAUUUUCAAGUAUGUUGUCUUUGAAGAAAGUGCAUUUGGCUCAGAAUGAGUUGGAAGGUCAAAUUCCUUGGUCUUUGGUUGAGUUGCCUCGUUUGUUGGAGUUGAGGCUUGAAGGAAAUAAGUUUUCUGGCCAAAUUCCUAAUUUCCAACAAAAGACAUUCAAGUCCUUUAAUGUCUCUAAUAAUGAUCAACUUCAUGGCCCAAUCCCACAUUCCUUCUCCCACAUGGAUCCAUCCUCCUUUUCAGGCAUUGAAGGUUUAUGUGGAGCGCCACUUAAUAAACCAUGCAACACCUCAAAGAUGCCAUCAAUUGGGAGCAUUAUCAUGGUUUCAAUAGCUGUGACAGCGGCUCUGCUUGCCAUCGGUGCAGGAAUAGUCAUCCUUAGCCGUCGGAACCAAUCAUCAUCUAACCAAGAGGAUCCAGCCCACGGAAAAUCUCCAUGUGGUAGUGAACUAGAUCCGGGAGUCGGGUCGAGGUCACCGGACCGUGGCUCUAGCCAUGGAAGCGGGUCAGGGAAACGGUCAGCUGAUAGUGCUAAAUUGUCAUUUGUAAGAGAGGACUCAGAGAAGUUUGAUUUAUCAGAUUUGCUUAAAGCCUCAGCAGAAAUCCUAGGAAGUGGGUGCUUUGGUUCUUCUUACAAAGCAGCCUUGACCAAUGGACCUGUCAUGGUGGUUAAGAGGUUUAAGCAAAUGAACAAUGUGGAUAGAGAGGAAUUCCAAGAACAUAUGAGGAGAAUUGGAAGACUGAAACACCCAAAUUUGCUACCUCUUGUGGCCUACUAUUAUAAAAAGGAAGAAAAGCUUCUCAUAACAGACUAUGUUGAGAAAGGCAGCUUGGCAGUUCAACUUCAUGGACAUCAAGCCGUGGGUCAACCAGCCCUGGAUUGGCCUGCAAGAUUGAAGAUCAUCAAGGGCAUUGGUAAGGGUCUUCGGUAUCUGUACAGUGAGCUUCCAAGUCUGAUAACUCCACAUGGCCAUCUCAAGUCCUCAAACGUGCUUCUGAAGGCGAAUCACGAGCCCCUUCUUUCGGACUAUGGCCUGAUCCCGGUCGUGAACCAAGAGCACGCUCAUGAGCUAAUGGUGGCGUACAAAUCCCCAGAGUACACGCAACAAGGUCGGAUCACAAAGAAGACAGACGUGUGGAGCUUUGGGCUGUUGAUCCUAGAGAUUCUAACAGGGAAAUUCCCAGCCAACUUUCUGCAUCAGAACAAGAGUGGGGAUGAAGAAGAUUUGGCAAGUUGGGUCAAAACCAUUCCUGAAAAAGAAUGGAAUACACAAGUAUUUGAUAAGGAAAUGGGGCAAACCAAGAGCAGUGAAGGUGAAAUGAUGAAGCUUCUCAGGAUUGCAAUGGCAUGUUGCGAAAGCGACUUCGAGAAGCGGUUGGAUUUACGAGAAGUCGUGGAGAAGAUUGAUGAAGUAAAAGAAAAGGAUGGGGAUGAAGAUUUCUAUUCUUCAUAUGCCAGUGAAGCUGAUAUUAGAUCUUCAAGAGGAUUAUCUGAUGAACUCAAUUUCGCCAUGUGAGCUAAGGCUUGAGUUAACAAACAAACAAAAGCUUUAUAAAAAGUAACAGCAGAGACAGACAGACAACCUCCAUGAGAUGAUUACAUAAAAGUGCUUGCUAAUUUCUAGCUGAAGGGUGAGAGGUUGAAGAUGAAGAUAAGGGCUUUUCGAUGAAUAGUGUAUAGGUUUUGAAUGUAGAACGGGAAAAAUUAAUGUGUUUGCUUUGACUCAACAACGCUUAGGAAGUUCGAUACAUGAUUGGUAAAUUCUCUCCUGGGUGGAAAUGUCUAAAAUUCUUGAGUACUAUUUUUUAAAGAAGUAACAAUUUAAUUCUAGAUAAGCAGUGAAAUAAGCAAACAUGCAGUAGAUAAAAGUUGCAGUGAAGGCAUAGAGUUGUACCAUUCAAACAACUUUCCUAAACAAAUUCAAUCGUGCUUUCCAAUUGGGAAUGGAUGCGAGGUAAAUAAGACGGAAAGUGUACUUUCUUCAAUCAAAUAGAUGGAAAUAAAUUUUAGAUUAAAAACCUAAGGGAAAAUCAUAUAAUACAAUGAAACGAAAAAUAUCAUUUAAGAUGAAGAAUAAUUGGAAAUACCAUGUGGAAUGCAUGUGUUGAUUAAGUUCCUCCAAAAGUUACUAUUACUCUAAGAAACUAUUUGAGUAAAAAUAUGUAAGAAUGUUGGACUAUUACAAAUUUUAUUCUAAAGAUACUUUUGAAACAUUUAUGAAAGGUUGCGAGUAAUAUUGCAACUUUUGAAAGAUUAUAAAUAUUUUUUAAACAAACUACAAAUCUUAGUGGUAUUUAUAUAC